AUGAUUUCCAGGUUUACUCAAUCACUCAAACCUUACUUGAAGUCAUCAACUUCUUUAGCAACAACCGCUGGCAAGCUUACACCAUCUUUAACCAUGUACCAUAACAGUAAUUCCAUCUUGUCGCUCAACUUACUCAACCAGUUGACUUCUUAUAGUUUACUUCCUUGCACUCAUGAUAAAAUCUAUCAACCAAAACCCCAUAAUGGGUUAAGCACAUCCAAGAGUAAACCAAAUGAGACAAAUCGCAAGUUUUAUCUAAAUAUUAAGGAGAGCAUUGGCUUAACCAAAGAGGAUCACAAGUUUAUUAUUGAUCAAUGUCUAGAUAUACAUCCAGACAACACAAGAGUAAUGAUUCAGUCAGUGUCCAAUGUAGACUUCAAGAAGUUAUCCAAACAAGAGAGAUUCAAUCUUGUUGAACAAUUGCAAGACUAUGAUUACCUAGUUAGUAAUUUAAACAAUGAUUCAACGCGUUCAAUGCCAUUGAUUAUUGAUUACAAACACAAGUUGUUGGCCAAUGAUGAUGUCUCAUUCAAUCGUAUAAUGGCCAAUUAUUUAAGCUGUGGUAUCCAAAGUGUUGCAAGAGGUGGUAACAACUUAGCAGUAGAUGUUGGCGAUGGAGAGAGAAGUAUUAGCUACUCCAAUCUGAACACACCAGGAGUUGUUGCCUAA